AUGCCUACACGCUUCACUAGAAGCAUAGUUACGAUGUAUCUGGAAAGCAAUACUAUCUCAGCAGUAGGUCCGGCUCGCGUGAAAAAGGCGUUUGGUGUCCAUUUGCGUAAAUUAAUGGAUGAACCAAAAGGCGCUAGACAGACAAGGUUAGAUGUUUUGACAAUGCUACUUGCCAACACAUCAGCAGUGUCUUUGUCGGAAAAUGGGCCAAGAAUGGCGAGUAAGUCAGGAUGCUGUUGCAGCUUCGUCUCGAUUGCGAGUGGUAAAUUAGAGAGCUCGGCUUUGGUUAUAUUAAUAAAUUCAAUUUUUCGCCUAUUGGCGCCUUCAAAAUUGAUGCUGUGGAGGGCUGCAUUUACUCCUGACCACACCGCAUCCGCAAGGAUUUGGUAA